UUCUUUCCUACCACGUCCACCACACGAUGAGCAGCAUCACGUCCUUCUUUUCCUCGUUCUUGCCUACUGCCCACUGUGACUCUGAGGACAAGCCCGAGGAGUCCCCCGCUGAAGAGGUUCAGCAGGAGGAAGAGGAAGAAGAGAGGCCAGAAGACGUGAGCCACUUUUUUCUCUGUUGGAAUGCAAGGAAUCCUCCUAAAUGCGCUGCUCUCGCAAAGCACUAUGAGUAUUGCCAGGAAAAAGUCUCGAAUGGCGAGGGGUUCAAGGGCGAGGACUGUUGACGCGCGCCUGCCUACUCGCAGUCCACAUGAUGCACUGCGUCGACGAAUGCGCCGCCCCCAAGCUAUUCGCCAAGCUCCGCUAGAUGGCCAUAUGCCGGAGGAAGGGCCGUUAUUGAUAGAUGAAUAGCAUCCUCUGUGUGGAUUGGGGUCAAUGAAAAUUCCGUUUUGCUGUUAUU